AUGGCGGAAAGCUCCUCGGCUCCACCCAAGCCUGUCGUGGUUAGGGUGAAACGAAAACCCUUCCAUUCUCCACUCCACGCUUUCUGGUUGGAAAUCAACGACAGGCCAUUGAAGCGCCCUCUCUUGGAUUUUCAAAAUCUAUCACUCUCCGAUUCUUCUCAACACGGGGAAAUUCAUAACAAGAAGGUUUUGGUACAGCAUGUGGAGACAAUAAGCAGCUCUGAGGUCACUUUAGAUAUUGUGCAGUCAUUUGUGGAACCUGGUUCUAAAAGUGCUUCUGAAUCUAAGUCAAAAGUUGUCGAAAGGAAGAACAUCUUCAAAAAAGUCAGUAAGCCAGAUCAGCUCUUGUUUAAAGCUAAACAAGAAAAAGAGUCUUCAGCUAAAGAGGCUCGUUUUGAGCAAAUAUGGAAGAGCAGGAAAGUAAAUAAGGGGACAUCUGUUGAAAAUACAUUACAAGAAAUAUGCCAGUUCUAUGACAUUGUUCGUGUUGACUCUCAAGAACAAAUUAAGGAGGUGCAGCACAAAGAUAUCUCCUUGGAGGAUCAAAAACUUUUGUCUAGUUUCCUCCCUUUGCUAAGAGAGGUUAUUCCUAAUGCUGCUGCAGAGAUUGAAGUUGAUAUAAGUGCUCAUUCCCAACAAGAGGACUAUGUUUAUGACCUCUACACUGUAACGGAUGAGACGAUUAAUGAAGAAAAUUCUUCACAUUCUUAUCCACUUGUUCAAGUUGAUGAUGAAGAUUAUUGUGACGGGCCUGACGAUUUGGAUUAUGAAACUGAUGACUCAAAUGCUGAAGACCAUCCAAUGAAUGACUAUCCAGAGGAGAUUUCGGAAGACGAUGAAGGUUCUGAUAGUGAAUCAGAAGAAAGUGAGCAUAGCAAAUCUAGUAAUGAAUUGUCAGAUGAUGACGAGGAUGCGGAUGAUGGACACUAUGGUUUUGCUAAAGAUGGUAUUUCUGAUCCAUUGUAUGAUGAGGAUUUUGAUGAUUAUGACAGUCAAGGUGUAGACAAUGAUGACGAUGAUGACUCGGACACUUGA